CCGCGCGAUGCCGCUGCGGCCGUGCGCCACGCGCGUUUGAUCGUCCAGCGCCUGGACCGCGCGGUUUCGUCAUGACGUCUUACCUGUCGCCGAGGGACAUCGUGGGCGGUGGCGCGGGCAGCGUGAGCACGUCGCCCGGCAGUUGCACCGAAGCGCUCAGCGAGAACUCAACGUCGAGCGCGGCCAUCGUGGCCGCCGCCGCCGCCGCCGCCGCAGCCGCCACCGCGGGUGGCUCCGUCACCGUGGCCGACUUCCUGCAGACCAAGCGCAACAUGUCGUUCACCUCGGAUCAGGUGACGUGCAUGUGCGAGGCCCUCCAGCAGUCCGGCGACGUGGACAAGCUGGCCCGGUUCCUAUGGUUUCUGCCGCCCAGCGAGCUGCUCCGAGGCCAGGAGACUGUGCUCCGGGCCAGGGCCCUGGUAGCCUUCCAUCGGAACGCGUUCCACGAGCUGUACGCCAUACUGGAGAGUCAGAGUUUCGACUCGAGACAUCACGUGCAGCUACAGCAGCUAUGGUUCAAAGCGCACUACCUGGAAGCCGAGAAGAUCCGCGGCCGUUCGCUGGGCGCCGUGGACAAGUACCGGCUGCGCAAGAAGUACCCGUUACCCAAGACCAUCUGGGACGGCGAGGAGACCGUGUACUGUUUCAAGGAGAAGUCUAGGAAUGCCCUCAAGGACUGUUACCUGAAGAACAGAUACCCAACGCCGGACGAGAAACGCGACUUGGCCCGGCGGACGGGCUUGACGCUCACGCAGGUCAGCAACUGGUUCAAGAACCGACGGCAACGCGACCGGACGCCCCAGCAACACAGUGACCUGCUGAGUAUUGGGAGUUCAGACAGCAGGAACUAUGAAAUGGCUGACAUGCACAACGUUAAGUCAAUGUGUUAUCAAAGUGUGACCACGUCUGCCAGCGGUGGCAAAAUGAGUUCUGCGGCUGCGGCGGCUGCGGUGCUGAAAUCCGCCACGGCCACCGUUGUGGCCGGAUACUCGGCGUCCGACGCGGAAAUGUACCCGUCCGAUUAUCCUCCUCACCACCUCCAUCACCACAACCACCAUCAUCCCCAUCAACACCAUUACAGCAACAACAACAACAACAGUAAUAUCAACAACCAUAAUCUCAGUCAUCUCUAUCACAAUCACCAUCACCAACUGCUUCAUCCUACACCACAGACUUCGGCCGCGUCACAUUCAUAAUAGUUGUAUAUUAGUAAUAAUUAUAUAAGUAUUUGAAAAUA